GUGCGACGUCAAAUAGUGAAUGUGCCUUCGUUCAUCGUUCGUUUGGAUUCGCAGAAGCACAUCGAUUUUUCACUGAAAUCGCCAUUUGGUGGUGGUCGGCCGGGACGUGUGAAGCGACGCAAUGCAAAGAAAGGCACCGGUGGCGAGGGUGCAGCCAGCGAUGCAGAAGAAUAA